AUGGCGUUCAGCGGUCGCAAGUUCUCCAUCAACCGCCACACUGGCGUCCCCAAGCCCGUCGUGCGGCGCGGCAGCAUAGGUGGCGAGCCAGGCGCAAACGAACUCCAGUCAAAGGUUCAUCGCCAAUUCCGCAAUGCCCACGAGGGCCACAUGCCGCACGCAGGCCUCGACGCCUCGCGUUCCUCCACUGGUGUCGUCUGGUGCACGGAGCGCGCCUCCGAAUAUGGCUUCCUCGAAGACCCCGACAGCUGGGCGAACCUGGGUCAGGGUGCCCCCGAGGUCGAGGACGACAUCGAGGGCUGCUUUGAGCGCCCCAAGACUAUCGACAUCUCCGUUGCCGGCCGCGAGUAUGGUCCCACCGCCGGUAUCCGCCCACUGAGAGAGGCUGUUGCCAAGCUCUACAAUGAGACGCAUCGCAAGGGCAAGGAAAGCCAAUAUACCUGGGAGAAUGUAGCUAUCGUACCUGGUGGCAGGGCCGGACUGAUCCGGAUUGCCGCUGUCCUCGGCAAUGCGUACCUGUCAUUCUUCCUGCCCGACUACACAGCUUACAAUGAGAUGCUGAGCUUGUUCAAGAAUUUCGCUGCUAUACCUGUGCCUCUAUCAGAGGAGGAUGGGUACCAUAUCCACCCCGACAAGAUCGCCGAGGAGAUUGCCCGCGGUACCUCUGUCAUCCUCACCUCGAACCCGCGCAACCCCACCGGUCGUGUCGUGGCCAACCCCGAGCUCGCGGAGAUCCAGGACAUUUGCCGUGGCCGCGCCACGUUCAUCAGCGACGAGUUCUACUCCGGCUACAACUACACCAGCAACUGCGACGGCAGCACCAUCUCGGCCGCGGAGAACGUGCAGGACGUCGACGAGGACGACGUCCUCAUCAUCGAUGGUCUGACCAAGCGCUUUCGUUUGCCGGGAUGGCGUAUCGCUUGGAUUCUCGGCCCCAAGGAGUACAUCUCUGCUAUCGGCUCCUGCGGUUCCUACCUCGAUGGCGGUGCCGCUCACCCCUUCCAAGAAGCCGCCGUGCCCAUGCUGGAACCUACUCUCGUCCAUGCCGAGAUGGUCCACCUCCAGCGUCACUUCCGCGACAAGCGCGACAUGGUCGUCCGCCGCCUGCGUGAGAUGGGCUUCGUCAUCAAGUAUGUCCCCGACUCGACGUUCUACCUGUGGCUCAACCUCGAGGGCCUACCCGGCGCCAUCUCCGACGGCCUGAACUUCUUCCAGGCCUGUCUGGAGGAGAAGGUCAUUGUUGUGCCGGGUAUCUUCUUUGAUCUCAACCCCUCGCGUCGCAGGGAUUUGUUUGACAGUCCCUGCCACCACUUUGUCCGCUUCUCGUAUGGACCGCGGAUAGACGUGUUGAAGAUGGGUCUCGACGCUAUCGAGCGCGUUGUAAACAAGUAA